AGUAAAGUGGAAAAUUACUUUAUAUACAGCAAUUUGUUGAAUUUUUUUUUAAACACUUGCUUUCUCUUCGUUUAUAUUUUGGCUUAAUUAACCUAUUUCUUUUGUUAUUCAAUUGUUAAAAGGGAAUUGACUAGAAUUGUUUAAACAUUAACUGGAAGUAACAUUCUAUAAAAUUUCAUUUACUUUUAAUAGAUUUUUCCAACGUUUAUUCAAAAAGGAAUUAAUAUCAAACUACAAAAAAUGUCUGCUCUCGAUUUAAAGGCUGUUAAUACUAUUCGUUUAUUAGCUGUUGAUGCUGUUUCUGCUGCUAACUCUGGUCAUCCAGGUGCUCCAUUAGGUUUAGCUCCAGCUGCUCAUGCUGUUUGGAAGAAUCUUAGAUUUGAUCCAAAAGAUCCAAAAUGGAUUGCUAGAGAUAGAUUUGUUUUAUCUAAUGGUCACGCUUGUGCUUUAUUAUAUGCUUUAUUAGUUCUUUAUGGUUUUGAUUUAACUGUGGAAGACUUGAAACAAUUCAGACAAUUAGGUUCAAAGACUCCAGGUCAUCCUGAAGUCUUAGAUGUUCCAGGUGUUGAAGUUACUACUGGUCCAUUAGGUCAAGGUAUUUCUAAUGCUGUUGGUCUUGCUAUUGCUCAAAAACAAUUCUCUGCUACCUACGACAAACCAGAAUUUAAAAUUGUUGACUCUUUUGUCUAUGCUUUCCUUGGUGAUGGUUGUUUAAUGGAAGGUGUUUCUUCUGAAGCUUCUUCUUUAGCUGGUCACUUACAAUUAGGUAAUUUAAUUGCCUUCUGGGAUGACAACAGAAUUUCAAUUGAUGGUAGUACUGAAGUUGCCUUCACUGAAGAUGUCGUUGCUAGAUACAGAGCUUACAACUGGCACAUUCUUGAAGUUGCUAAUGGUGAUAGCGAUCUUGAAGGUAUUGCCAAGGCCAUUGAAGAAGCUAAAAAAGUUACUGAUAAGCCAACUUUAAUUAGAUUAACUACUACCAUUGGUUACGGUUCUUUAGCUCAAGGUACUCAUGGUGUUCACGGUGCUCCAUUAAAGGCUGAUGAUGUUAAACAAUUAAAGGAAAAAUGGGGUUUCAACCCAGAAGAAUCCUUCGCCAUCCCAACUGAAGUUUCUGAUUACUUCAAGACUGUUGUUGCAGAAAACUUAAAGGUAAAAGCUAAGUGGCAAGAAGAAUUUGCUGCUUACAAAGCCAAGUAUCCAGAAUUAGGUGCUGAAGUUCAACGUCGUUUAGAUGGUAAAUUACCAAAGAACUGGGCUGAUCACUUACCAAGAUACACUCCAGAAGAUAAACCAGUUGCUACCAGAAAAUUAUCUGAAAUUGUUUUAACUAACAUUAUUCCAGUUGUUCCAGAAAUUAUUGGUGGUUCUGCUGAUUUAACUCCUUCCAACUUGACUAGAACUGCUGGUUCUACUGAUUUCCAACCUCCAUCUACUGGUUUAGGUGACUACAGUGGUAGAUACAUCAGAUACGGUGUUAGAGAACAUGGUAUGGGUGCUAUCAUGAACGGUAUUGCCGCUUUCGGUGCUAACUACAAGAACUAUGGUGGUACUUUCUUAAACUUUGUUUCUUACGCUGCUGGUGCCGUUAGAUUAGCUGCUUUAUCUCAUCACCCAGUCACUUGGGUUGCUACCCAUGAUUCUAUUGGUUUAGGUGAAGAUGGUCCAACCCAUCAACCUAUUGAAACUUUAGCUCACUUCAGAGCUACUCCAAAUAUUUCUGUUUGGAGACCAGCUGAUGGUAAUGAAGUUUCUGCUGCUUAUUAUAGUGCCAUUCAAUCUACUUCCACUCCACACAUUAUUGCUUUAUCUAGACAAAACUUACCACACUUAGAAGGUUCUUCUGUUGAAGUUGCUUCCUUAGGUGGUUACACUUUGAUCAAGCACGAUAAGCCAGAUGUUAUCAUUGUUGCUUCAGGUUCUGAAGUUUCUAUUGCUGUUGAUGCUUCUAAGAAAUUAGAAUCUGAAGGUUUCAAAGCUGGUGUUGUUUCUCUUCCAGAUUUCUUAACUUUUGAUAAACAACCAUUAGACUAUAGAUUAUCUGUCUUACCAGAUGGUGUUCCAAUCAUUUCUGUUGAAGUUAUGUCUACUUUUGGAUGGUCUAAAUACUCACACGCCCAAUUUGGUUUAAACAGAUUUGGUGCUUCUGGUAAGGCUCCAGCUAUUUACAAACUUUUUGAAUUCACUCCAGAAGGCAUUGCUGAAAGAGCUGUUAAGACUAUUGAAUUUUACAAGGGUAAGACUGUUUACUCUCCAUUAGUCGCUCCUUUCUAAAUGAACUAAUUACUGUGUCUUGUCUUAAUUUAUUUUAAAGUUUAAUAUACAUAUAUAAAAUUAAAAGCUAUUAAUCAUUUUCCGAUAAUGUAAAUAAAUUUCUACAAUAUAAAUAUUUU